AUGUCCAGCCGUCGAAGCCGCUCGAUGUUCAGCGACUUGCAGCGCCAGUCCGUGUCAUUCACCAAUCUGCCAACGACAACCACAGCUCGCUUCCGACCGCCGCCAAGACCGAUGCUUGCUGCGCUUCUAUUCGCUGUACUAGUAUCUGUCAUUGCUUGGCAGGCAAGCACCGCCGAGGCCGCGUCGUCGCCGUCUCGCCACGAUUUGACCUUCCAGCGAUACCAGAUUUGUGUGAAUUCAAGUUCGAGAGCUUGCUCAGACUACGAGGCCGUUUGUCUCAAUUGCACAUUUAACGAGUCGUGUUCAUACGGACUGGCGACGACGGCGAACUGCUCUGUGCCUGAGACAAUCCUUUGCGCUGGUGACCGGAUAUUCUCGAGAAACCUCACUUGCCAGUACUGCUACCAGUCGCCCGAAGCUGACUACGCUUGCAGCGAAAACACGGACUGCGACGCGCAAAUAGUCGAUGCGACCUACGAAGCUGUCUGCACAAUGAUGGACGAUGUACUGUGCAUCGGCAAUCGCCGCUUCAAAAAGAAUGUACCAUGCGAAUGGACAUCUGGCAUACGAUGGUCGACAGCGCUUUUGUUAAGCAUCACCGUUGGUGGAUUUGGCGGCGAUCUCUUUUAUCUCGGCUACACGGGCUGGGGUCUGUGCAAGCUGUUCACCUUUGGCGGAUUGGGAGUCUGGACGAUCGUGGAUGUUAUUUUGAUAGCGACUGGCUAUCUCGGCCCAGCCGACGGCUCGUUGUACUUGUAGUGCCGACUUGUCUUUUUGAG